AAAGGAAAACACGAAAAGAACUCUCAAAGCUGUAAACCGCUUUGACCCGUAAGAAUAAUCAAACGCCAUAGAUGGAUGGAAUUUGUUCCACGAAGUUCCAAGAAUCUGUUCAUUCCUUUGAUAUACUAAAAUUCUCCUCCUUUCUGCAACAAUAUCGUGGUAGAUGAUUUGAGAAAUAUGGAGAACACUCAAGAAAAUGAAUCUGUCUGCAGCAGAGUGCCAAAUCUGGUUUCGGACUUUGUAGAUUCCUUUGUCGAUUUCACAAUUGGUGGGCAAUUUUUAACAUCGAAUUCAACAGCUCCAGACAAUAAGAAUGGUAGUAAUGCAGCAGAAGUAGUGACAAGAAUCCCCUCUGUAGAGCGUUUGAUUGCAAUAGGGGACAUUCAUGGAGACCUCCAGAAGGCCAAGGAAGCCCUCAAAGUGGCCCAAGUUAUAGAUGAAAAUGACAACUGGAUGGGAGGCGACACAACGGUAGUUCAGGUUGGUGACCUCCUCGACAGGGGAGGGGAAGAGCUCAAGGUCAUUUACCUACUCGAAAAGCUGAAAAAGCAGGCAGAGAGAUCAGGCGGGGGAUUCAUCAUAAUGAAUGGGAAUCACGAGAUCAUGAACAUAGAAGGAGAUUACAGGUAUGUGACUCCAGAAGGAUUGGAGGAAUUCAAAAGCUGGGCGCAUUGGUAUACAAUUGGAAAUAGUGUGAAAAGUCUCUGUAAAGGUCUGGGAGUGCAGAAGGAUAUUUAUGAAGGGAUACCUACAGUUUUUCCACCGGAAUGGAGGGCGAGAAUGGCAGCUCUGAGGCCCGGAGGACCAAUUUCAGAUAGGUUUCUGAGCAUCCAUCCCACUGUUGUUGUGGUUGGGGGCUCUGUUUUUGCUCACGGGGGCCUUCUUCCUGCACAUGUGUUCCAUGGAUUGGAGAGAAUGAAUGAGGAGGUUAGAGAUUGGAUCAAGGGAGACAAGGGCAAUAGGGGCCCCAGUUUUCUUCAUGGCAGAGAUGCUGUUGUGUGGCUAAGGAAGUAUUCAGACGAAUCUUGUAAAGGGGAAGAGUGCCAUUGCACUCUUUUGAAUCAGGCGUUGGCUUUCAUUCCUGGAGCCAGGAGGAUGAUUGUGGGUCACACUAUUCAGACUGUGGGCAUAAAUGGUGCUUGUGGGAAUCGAGUUAUUCGUAUAGAUGUGGGCAUGUCUAAAGGCUGUGAUAAUGGGAUUCCAGAAGUUUUGGAGAUCAAGGGGGACAAGGAUCUCAAAGUUCUGACUGCCAAUCCUGUCUACCAAGCUAAACAAGAAUCAGUGGGUGUCAAAAACGAGAAGCCAGGACUAGGAAUUCUUCUGUCUGAGAAAGCAAGCAGAGAGAUUGACGUAAGGGCAUAGUUCAGUGGCUUGUUGCCUUUGGAACUAUUUUGCAGAUGCUUUUCACAGUGCAGGAGAAGCCAUUGGUGUACCCAAAAUGGUGAAAAAUGGCUGGUCCUGCUUAAAACUCUCCUGACCUAUCCCAAAGUCAAGCUAAACUAGUCGUUUUCCUGAACAUAUGGAUUUUAACUCUCAGGAAGGCAGACGGUAGCCUUUCUAGCCCUUUAUGAGGCUUUAUUUUUCUUGUAACACUUAAAGAUAUCCACAAUUUAUAAUCAUGAUUACUGUUAUUUUUA